CGGGGACAAAACCAAUACCUACUUUUAAGUCAUUGGUGAUUCGCGGAGCAGCCAUUUUGUUGGUUGUCGAAAUUUUAUUGGGAAAGUCGCAGAACUUUCCCAUAAUUUAAUAUCUAAGAGUUUUAUGUUGUGAACAAAAAUGUCUAAACGGAGAAUUGAAGUUUUGGAUCCCUUUAUCAAAAGGAAAAGGGAGGAGAAAGCAGCCGCUGCUGCCAAGUCUGGGAGCAGCGGUGAGUCCUCCGAUACAACUCUCGCCACUCUCGGCACCAGUAUGCCUCCCACGGCGACCAGCACACCCGGAGUUAACCCAUUCACAAGUCUUCCCCUGUCACAACGCUACCAUGAACUCCUUCGACGCCGUCUUGGUCUCCCUGUUUGGGAAUAUAAGAAUGAUUUUAUGAGACUACUAAAUACUCACCAAUGUGUGGUCCUUGUGGGAGAAACUGGUUCUGGAAAAACCACUCAGAUACCGCAGUGGUCUGUGGAAUUUGCCGCAGUAACACUUGGCAAGUCGAAAGGCGUUGCUUGCACACAGCCCAGGCGAGUGGCAGCGAUGUCUGUGGCACAGCGCGUCGCGGAGGAAAUGGAUGUGGCAUUGGGUCAGCAAGUUGGCUACAGUAUACGUUUUGAAGAUUGUUCUGGCCCACAAACUGUUCUGAAGUACAUGACUGACGGUAUGUUGCUUCGCGAGGCCAUGUCAGACCCCAUGCUAGAACAAUACAGAGUCAUACUUCUAGAUGAGGCCCACGAAAGAACGCUAGCUACGGAUAUUUUGAUGGGUGUGCUUAAAGAAGUUAUAAAACAACGAUCAGAUUUGAAACUUGUUAUUAUGUCAGCGACACUCGAUGCUGGCAAAUUCCAGCAGUACUUUGACAAUGCACCAUUAAUGAACAUUCCUGGUCGUACGCAUCCAGUAGAGAUAUUCUAUACGCCGCAGCCUGAACGCGACUAUUUGGAGGCUGCUAUACGUACCGUGGUCCAGAUACACAUGUGUGAAGAGAUUGCAGGAGAUAUAUUACUGUUCCUCACGGGACAAGAGGAGAUUGAGGAUGCCUGCAAAAGAAUUAAACGCGAAAUAGACAAUUUAGCGUCAGAUGCUGGCGAGUUAAAGUGUAUUCCAUUAUAUUCAACCCUACCACCGAAUUUACAACAAAGGAUAUUUGAGCCAGCGCCGCCAAAUAGACCCAAUGGUGCCAUAGGCCGUAAAGUAGUGGUUUCUACGAACAUAGCAGAAACAUCGUUGACAAUAGAUGGUGUAGUCUUCGUGAUAGAUCCAGGUUUCGCCAAACAAAAAGUGUACAACCCUCGUAUAAGAGUAGAGUCCCUGUUGGUCUCGCCCAUAAGCAAGGCGUCGGCGCAGCAAAGAGCCGGCCGUGCUGGAAGAACGCGGCCUGGGAAGUGUUUCCGACUCUACACAGAGAAGGCAUACAAACAUGAAAUGCAAGACAACACUUAUCCGGAAAUUUUGAGAUCAAAUUUAGGAUCUGUAGUUUUGCAGUUGAAAAAGCUGGGUAUCGACGACUUGGUGCACUUUGACUUCAUGGAUCCGCCCGCGCCGGAGACACUCAUGCGGGCGCUCGAACUGCUUAACUACCUGGCGGCGCUUGACGACGAUGGCAACCUGACGGACCUCGGCGCCGUGAUGGCGGAGUUCCCGCUCGAUCCACAGCUCGCCAAGAUGUUAAUCGCGAGCUGCAACCACAACUGCUCCAAUGAGAUCCUCUCCAUCACAGCUAUGUUAUCUGUGCCACAGUGUUUCGUGAGGCCGAACGAAGCUAGGAAGGCGGCGGACGAAGCCAAAAUGCGUUUUGCACACAUUGACGGCGACCACCUCACGUUGCUCAACGUAUACCACGCAUUCAAACAGAAUAUGGAAGACCCGCACUGGUGUUACGACAACUUUAUAAACUACAGAUCACUGAAAUCAGGCGACAAUGUACGACAACAGCUCAGCAGAAUCAUGGACAGGUUCAAUUUGAAGAGAACUAGCACAGAGUUUACUAGCAAAGAUUAUUACAUUAACAUAAGGAAGGCACUCGUCAAUGGAUUCUUCAUGCAGGUGGCACAUUUGGAGCGCACUGGCCACUACCUGACAGUUAAAGACAACCAAGUGGUUCAACUGCACCCGUCCACGUGCCUCGACCACAAGCCCGACUGGGUCAUAUACAACGAGUUCGUGCUCACCACCAAGAAUUACAUACGCACCGUCACAGAUAUCAAGCCGGAAUGGCUGCUGAAGAUUGCACCGCAAUACUACGAGCUGAACAACUUCCCGCAGUGCGAGGCGCGACGUCAACUAGAGCUGCUGCAGGCGCGCCUCGAUUCUAAGGCCUACCAGGAGGGCUUCUAGCUGCAUUGCACCGCCUCAAUAAAUUAUUCAUAAGCCAA